AUGGAUGAUAUAGAUGAUGGUGAUGAUGAUGAGAUUGAUAUCAUAGGUGAAGGUGAUCAACAUGAUGAUCAAGAUGAUUACGAUGAUGAUGAUGAUGACCAAGAUGAUGAUGAUGAAGACUAUGACAGUGAAGAUGAUGAUGAUGAAGAUGAUGAUCAAGAUGAUGAUGGUCAUCCAAGUAGUAGUGACAAUAACAACAAUAAUAAUAUAAGCUAUCAAUACAGUGACACUGAUGAGAGUGAUCAUACAACACAGACAACAACAAUAUAUGAUAACAAUGAUACAACAAAUAGAAAGCAUAGGCAAGAGGGAUCAAAAUCAGUACAUCUAUAUACAUCAUCAACAUCAACAGGAUCUCAACAGCAGAGGAAAUAUAGAACACCAUGGACUGAAGAGGAGAAACAAUUGUUUAUUCAAGGUUUGAAGCAAUAUGGAAAGGACUACAAGAAGAUACAGAUGCUCAUAAGGACAAAGACUGCCAAGCAGAUAAGAAGUCAUGCUCAAAAGUUCAAUGAGAAGCUGAAGCGUGUAAACUCUGAUAUCGAUUACCAUGAGCAUUUACAGUUCAUGAAGGGAAUGGAGAUAUAUGGAAGAGGCAAAUGGAAACUGAUUGCAUCAUACAUUCAAACGAGGAAUCCAUUACAAGUCAAGAAUCAUGCUCGAAUACACUUUAACAAGAUCAAGACUACUACUGGCACAAAGUCAACGACAAAGACAAAGGCACCAACAAACAAUCAUCAUUCUGAUGUAUCAGCAGCAGUGGCACAUUCAUCGUCCCAUUCCAAGCAACAACAACAACAACCACAAAAGAAGAAGAAGAAGAAUCAGACAACUACGACAAUGACAACAACAACGACUACAAUACCAACAAACAAUGUUGUUAUCGAGCAUGAUGACGAUGAGGAUGUGGAAGUGGACAUUGAAUCAGAUGAUAAACAACACGAGGUCAUAGAGGAGGAACAAGACGAAGUUGUUAUAGACAACGACGAAGAUGUAAAUAUAUGUAGUAACAACAACAACAACAAGACAAGCAGUAUCAAUAAUCAUACACAUCAACACCAUCACAACAACAACAACAACAACUACAACUCUAUCGAACGAAUAUUGAAAAGAGAUGAAAUAACAGACGAAGAGAUGAUUGGAUGUUCAGAGUUCUUUAAGGGUACGAGUACAAAGACACCGGAACGAUACCUUUUAAUCAGGAAUUCAUUGGUAUCACAUUGGAAUAAGAUUAGACCUCAGUACUUGGCAAAGACAGUGGCAAGGAACAGUAUCCCAGGUGAUGUCAAUGCCAUUGGUAGAGUUCAUACAUUCUUGGAGUCUAUUGGUGCAAUCAAUCAUGGUUCAUUGUCACCAUCAUCAUCAUCAUUGAAGAGAAGACACAUUGAUCCAUCAAGAGUAAACAAGAAAAAGACAAAAAAGAUCAAAGUACUUGUUGACGACGACAAUGACUAUGAUGAAGAGGACUAUGACGACGAGGACGACAUACUUUUAGACCCAUUCACAUUGGUAGAGUGUCUAAACUUUACAUCUACAACGCCAGCACCCUAUCAAUUGGACAUUACAGUGAAUGCACUGAUUGUAAUGGACGUUCAUUCACACAUCUCCUCUACAGAGGUGAUUGGAGUGUUGGCUGGCAAGUAUGAUCACGACAAAAAGUACAUCACUGUUAGGCUGGCCAUUCCCUGUCAAUCACUCUCCACCGACAUUCAAUGUGACAUGGAUCCAAACUCUUUGAUUGCGGCCCGAGAACAAGCUGCAGCACUUGGACUUGAUCUUGUUGGAUGGUAUCAUUCACAUCCAAACUUUCCACCAAUACCAUCAUUGAGAGAUAUUGAAACACAAUCUUCUUAUCAAAAACUGUUGAACCAUUCUUUGGAGCAAUAA